CAAGCCUUGUCCGUGUCAUUUCUCUUUCACUGUCUAGGUCUCACGUCUCAGUGACAAACUUGCUAUUCCCAAGCAAAUCCCUAGCCCUUCAAUCCAAAUCCACUCACGCAAGCGCCCAGAAUUCGUUGAUCUGUACCACAAGUGUUGAAUCAGCUGCAUUGCCUCAAAAUUUUGGGGGUUUCAAACGUAGCUCUGGAUCUACAGACUUCAUCGAGUUGGUUGCUUUAGAUUUCGCAUGUCGGCUUGAGGGAAAUGAGGCGGAGACCUUCCGAUUUCCGGCGCCCCGUGCGGCGGCGGUUCUCGAACGUGUUCUGGCUGACGUUGUGCGGAUUGGUGGUUUUGUUGUUAAUUGUUAUGCUGAGUCGAGAGAGCCAGCCGGUGUCCAGAUCUCCGUUAACCAAGAGACCUUAUAGGCAUGACAGAGUUAUGCAAGGCCUUAACAUUACAGAAGAAAUGUUGAGCCCUGAGUCGGUUGAAAGGCAACUUAGUGAUCAGAUUUCUCUUGCAAAGGCAUUCGUUGUGAUUGCAAAAGAAAGCAAUAAUCUCCAAUUUGCAUGGGAAUUAAGUGCUCAAAUCCGUAACUCACAGAUCCUUCUCUCAAAUGCGGCAAUGAGGCGAACUCCUUUGACAACACGGGAAUCAGAAGCUGCAAUCCAUGACAUGGCACUUCUGCUCUAUCAAGCACAGCAACUGCAUUAUGACAGUGCAACCAUGAUCAUGAGGCUUAAAGCCAGAAUUCAGGGUCUUGAAGAACAGAUGAACUCUGUAAGUGAGAGGAGUUCAAAGUAUGGACAAAUUGCCGCUGAGGAAGUCCCCAAGAGUUUAUACUGCCUUGGCGUCCAAUUAACAACUGAAUGGUUCAGGAACUCAAACAUUCAGAGGAAACUUAAAGAGAAAAGGGAAACAAUGAAACUUACAGAUAGCAAUCUUUAUCAUUUUUGCAUCUUCUCUGAUAACAUUCUUGCAACUUCAGUUGUGGUCAAUUCAACUGCCUUAAAUUCAAAAAACCCUGAUAUGGUUGUCUUCCACCUCGUAACUGAUGAAGUUAACUACGCAGCAAUGAAGGCCUGGUUCUCCUUGAACAGUUUCAAAGGAGUGACUGUUGAUGUUCAAAAGUUUGAAGAUUUUAGCUGGCUAAAUGCGUCUUAUGUUCCGGUUCUUAAGCAGCUCCAGGAUUCUGAAACUCAGAACUACUAUUUCUCUGGCAACAAUGGUGAUAGCCGGACUCCUAUUAAGUUUAGGAACCCGAAAUAUCUGUCCAUGCUCAAUCACCUCAGGUUUUAUAUUCCAGAAGUUUUUCCUGCGCUGAAGAAGGUUGUAUUUCUUGAUGAUGAUGUUGUGGUUCAGAAGGACUUGUCAGAUCUAUUCUCCAUUGAUCUGAAUGGUAAUGUAAAUGGGGCAGUGGAGACUUGCAUGGAGACUUUUCACAGAUAUCACAAGUACUUGAAUUAUUCUCACCCUCUUAUACGAGCACAUUUUGAUCCCGAUGCCUGUGGAUGGGCAUUUGGGAUGAAUGUUUUCGACCUGGUUGAGUGGAGGAAGAGGAAUGUGACUGGCAUCUACCACUAUUGGCAGGAGAAAAAUGUAGACCGCACUCUGUGGAAGCUCGGUACCUUGCCACCCGGGCUGCUGACUUUCUACGGGUUGACACAGGCGUUGGAUCCGGCAUGGCAUGUACUCGGCUUGGGGUACACGAAUGUCGACCCAAAGCUAAUAGAGAAGGGCGCGGUGCUUCACUACAAUGGGAACUCAAAGCCAUGGUUGAAGAUUGGAAUUGAGAAGUACAAGCCACUUUGGGACAAGUAUGUUGAUUACUCCCAUCCUUUAUUGCAACAGUGCAAUGUUCAUUGACACGGACACCGACACUGACGUAUACGGUUUUCUGCCUCUUCCACGGCCGAUUCUUGUGGCACAGAAAUUUUUGUACUCAAAGGUUGCUUGUAAAAUUUUACGAGGGCAAGCAAGGUUAGUAGUGGGUGUAACUUGGGUAUUAAAAUUAAAAUUGGUAUUUGGAUUUGCUGUUGUAGGAAUCUCCCUUGUACAAGUGUUAUUUAUCAUACUGUCUAGGGGUUGUUCUUGACAAUAUUUCUUGGUGGGUUCUCUCAGGUUGAUCUGUAUACCUUCUAUCUAGAUUCUGGCCUUCACUGGUUUUGUGACAUCUUUGACAGUCAUAACGAUGUUGACACCUUUGGUGCAUUUAAGCCGCC